GUUGAGCACAUGAGCAGAAUAAGCAACUUUACCUUGUACAUAUGUAGAAAAAUAAUAGACUUGGUUUCUAUAACUACAACAACAUUUUUUCAAUAUCUCAGAUGAUAAUACUGUUAUGUAGGAUUCGGCCACCAUGACUGACUGGAGAUCUGAAUAUCUUACUUCCCUGCAAGAAGCAGAGCGGAACAAUCCUGUAAACAAGGACCUCGUCGAGGCUUGCUCCCAACUCGCCGAUCGUAUAGCCGCCCUCGAAGCCGAGAAGGUAGUCUGGCGAAUCUCGACGAACAUCCCAACAACAUCGCCGGGAAAAGGCAUUGCGACAACUACUACGACGGACGGCGGUGCGGACCAGAACGUCGCCCAACUUCGGUUAGACCUAGCAGAAGCGCUCCGGUCCAAAGGCCAGCUGCAGAGCAGACUAAAAGCUGCCGAAGACGAACUCCAGAAGCUCCGAUCCAAGGCGAAAGUCGAUACUAAGCGGAUUAACGAUCUGACCGCCGAGCGCAACGCACUCACGGCGAAACUUAAAGACCGCAAUGAAGAGCUAGCCGGCAAGAAUAAGAUGCUCAAGGAUAUUCAGGACGAGAACUUGACUUUGAACAUACAACUCGACGUCACCGAGCAGAAAGCGGCCAAGAUCGCAGCCGACAAUAAGGAUCUAAUUAAGAGGUGGAUGGAUCGGAUGAAGCACGAGGCAGACGCCAUGAACCUGGAAAACGAAUCGCCAAGCAGUAAGACUCGGAGGUGAGGUGAAAAGCCAGCGUACCGCUCGCGGAUGUCAUCGCGAUUUAUUGUAUUGAUGUGUUCUAUUUAUAUAACUAACCUAAUACCGGUAUUGUAAGUCCUUACCAUUCGAUCGCAUCCCUUGGUAUCCUUC